UUGCACGUACACGCUCGGGAGUUGAGACGCAGGCGCGACGUGUGCGCACUAUUAUAAUAAUCAUAUUAUUUCGUAUUUUGUGUAGUAUAAUAAUAUGUAGAGAGCCCGAGAAGUACCUAUACAAAUAUUUGGUCUGCCCGUUUAUAAUUUAUAUUAUAACUGUCGUGUUGUAAUAAUCUGCGCGAGGUAAUCACAAAAUAUAUCGUUAACAAUAUUAUCACUGCGAACAAAGAUAAUAUGAUAUUUUAACGUCAGGUUUCUUGUGUUUAUUCCUAUGAGCGGCGUCGGCGUACGUAGUGGUCAGGAGGCGGUACAUAUACGCAGUUCGGCUAUCGACGAUAAUACGUUAUUAUUAUUAUUUGCGUUGUCACACGAGGUGGCCUUUAAUUAUCGCCGGCAAUGAGGUGCAGUAGGUUCGCCAAUAACGUUCCACCCGUACAGAUGCAGAUGCAGUGAUGCGUGUCCGGCAUUUCGACGUGACCCACCGGAAAACGCAGCACGUCCGCUCGAGCACGCGGUCGUCUUUGGCGAUAACUCAAAACUGAGUGAAAAUAUAGUUAAUAUCGUACGCGUAGGUCUGCUGGCAUAUACGGUAAACGCUCUUGGCCGUCUGUCAAGUCUCACCAAUACGAGCCGAGUGUGUGGGUACGCACUAAAGUUUGACCGGUCGGCGCGCCUGCACGAAGGACGUCGUCGUCGUUCGGGUGUCUUCUUCGUCGUAUUAAUACGACCUAACCUACAGCUAUAUAAUAGAUAGUCGAUUCUUGAGGCAAUUAAAAAGCAUGUGGCGAAUAGUAUAAGAAUUAAAAUGUCGACUUAUAAGAAACAUAAGAGAACGCACAGUAAUCAACAAACUAUAGAACCAUACUAUACUUUUAGAUAUCUAUUUAUAUUUGUUACAACAUUAGCAUCAGUAACGGUGUAUCACAUUCAUCAAGAGAUAGUGAGGCCGAAACUCGAGCAUUUGGUAGUUUACGAAAAUUUAACUGAUCGUGACCCAAGAGUUACUUGUCAGUUUCCUAUACUUAACCCGUUCGAUUCAUCCAUUCUCAAAUACGUGUUCGUGCCCAAACCUAUAAAAUGUAUGGAGAGGUCUUAUCGUUUGACAUACAUCAACAUGAGCACAGGGCUAUUACAGUUCAACGCGUCAGGAUUCGAAGAGUCCGGUUAUUCCUUGACCUCAAAUACGCUUCGUUGUUAUUAUCAAGAAAUUAAUCGUCCAAUCGAUGAUGAUUUCCGUUUAGAGUACGGACCACAAAUUCCCAUCACUGGUUUUCAUGAACCUCUUACGGAUUUUAUAUUCGUAUCAUGCACCAAUCUAUUUGGCAUUACUGUGUAUAGUAACUUUCAUGCAUAUGCUAGAAGAAGGCCAGAAGUUAGGAAAUUUAAAGACGAUACGGAACUAGGUGUAGCCGUGAUUGGAAUCGAUUCCAUUUCACGUUUGAACUUUAUGAGACAAAUGGUGAAAUCGUAUAAUUUUAUUAACAAAGAAAUGAGUGGUGAUGUGAUGCAUGGAUUCACCAAAGUGGGUGAAAACACAUUUCCAAAUGUGAUACCGAUGUUAACCGGCCGAUCAUUCAUCACGGAACAUAACAAUAAGUUUGAUGACUGGCCGUACAUUUGGAAGGACUUUAGUGAGGAAGGUGCUGCGACUUUAUAUGCUGAGGACCAGCCAGAAUUUAACAUGUUUGACUAUUUAGCAAGAGGGAUUACUUUACAGCCAACUCUGCAUUACAUGCGCCCAUAUUGGUUAGCUGUGGAACAGUCGAUUCUAUAUAAGAUGAGCUCACCUGGUUGUCUUGGACCAACGCCUAAACAUCUUAUCUAUUUCGACUAUUUGAAAUCAUUCCUAAAAGUCUAUAAAGACUCUCCUGUGUUCUUGUUCUCGCUUUUUAACGAAGUUAGUCACGACUUUGUCAAUACUGUCGGUGUAAUAGAUUUAGAUUAUAUGCAAUUCCUCAAGACUUCUCUCCAAGAAGGGCUUUUUAACCGAACUGUGAUUUUUGUGCUCGGUGAUCAUGGAAACCGUAUGGAUUUCAUUCGGCGAACCAAAGUGGGAACCAUAGAGGACCGGAUGCCAAUGGUCACCGUAAUACUUCCAGAGUGGGUAAGCACGAAGUAUCCAUCAUGGAAAGAAUCCCUCCGUGAUAACCGUAUGAGACUGACAUCCACCUAUGAUAUCUAUGCUACAUUCAGACAUAUAUUAAGUACAUUGAAUAAUCAAAACAAAUCAACUGAUAUCAAGCAACACUUACUAAAUAGUAUCCAAGACAAAAACGUUAAGAAUCAUUUUUCAGCUACUAGUACGGGCUUAUCAUUUUUUGAACCCGUUCCAUUAGUUAGAGAUUGCAAUGCUGCCGGUGUAGCUCAAUGGCUGUGUGUUUGCAACGAAGGUCGACAAAAGCGACUUGAUCCAGAACACCCAUAUAGCCUUGCAGCAUCAAAUGAAGUCAUAAGGUAUUUUAAUGAACUAUUAGAUGGUCUUGAAAAUUGUGCUGAAAUGAAAUUGGCUUUUAUUGAACAUUCAUAUUUGUACGAAGCACCGCAAAAAUAUGACGAUGGUAAAGUGUACGAAAAAUCUGUUCAAAUAACAUUCAAAGCCUCGCCAGGUAACGGAUACUUCGAAGCCACUCUUGGCAUAGAAAUAAAUAAUGGUUCCCAAACAUUUGAAGUCAUUGGGCAGGUCUUUAGAAUUAACAAGUAUGGAAAUCAAGCAGACUGUUUGCCCAGAACAAUGCUUGCUAAAAUGCCAAUUUUGAAAGGGAUUUGUUAUUGUGAUUAAAAUAUUAAAUAUAAGUACAUUAUAAGAAGUAUUAAGUAUUGUAUUACUCAACUGUACAUACAAUUGUUAAUUGUUAAACUAUGAAAAUGACUGAACAAUUUAGUUUAAUAUACCUAUGCAGACAUACUCAUGAUAUUAUAUUGUGCAUAAUAUAAACUAUAAAUAUAUUUCAAACAAAAUUUAUAUUAUUUUUAUAGAGAUUAUUAUGAUAACACCUUAUCAAUUUGAUAUGUGUUAAUUAUGAUGAUAAUGUUAAUUUUUAAUACAAUAUGUCAAUAUGUACCCAUUUAUUAUAGAGGUAUCUAAUACUAUUGUGAUUUAAUUUUCUCAGAAUUUAGGUUAAGUGUAUUUGGAGAUUCAUUUAUUUUUAUAUUAUAUUAAUUGUGUUAUAUUCAAACUUAUACUCCUAAACAUUAUUAUUUAUUUAUAUUUUAUACGUUAUACCUUUAGAUAAAUAAUUACCUCAGAUAAAUAUUGUUGUCAAUACCGAAAAAUUAUAACACAAAUAUUGUUCA